AUGGAGAGAGAAGAAGGCACCAACGGUACCGGAUCUGGUCAGGUAGUGCUCGGUAGCAUGACAAUCAUUGUAGGCCACGACCAGCAUACUUACAUUAUGAGGCUUCCCGCAGGACUCAAGGUCAAAAUCUUCGAGCAGAUGAAUCGUGACCAUGUCAAUGCCGUAUGUCUCGGGCUGACUUGCAAACGAUUCUACCAGGUCUACAAGAAGUACAGAGAAGUAACCUUCACUCAUCGACCCAAGCCAAUCUGCGCGAUUGACAGCUGGACUCGCAGUCAUCCUCCCCUGGAGCUCCACGAGCUGAUCAGGAACUUCUUUCCAAGAGAGGCGAGAUACGUUUAUGUUGAGGGCGUUGGCGGCAAGUUCGUUUUUGAUGCAUGGGCGCGGCAAGCUGUACAGAGGAGAUUAGAACGUCACAUGAUAAGCGGGUCUAGCCAGCAGACCUAG